AUGGCGAAAACGGUUAUAUUUCUGAUUUUUCUGUCAUUUCUUUGCGCCUCCGUGUUGUGUGCGAAGAGGACUCGCGGCUCCUUCAUCGGCCAGCUAAAAAACGUCACCCAAGAUGAACUGGUCUACAUCCGAGUCGAAGCAUUAGCCAGCAACUGGACGCGGCUCGUCGAUUUUAAAUAUGUCCCCGACACCGGCCGCAUCUACGGCAAAUUCCAUCUGUAUCCCGGGGAAAUCGCACUCAAGUUUCUAGUCAAAACUACGACUUUUGGGGAGGAGACACACGAAGUCCGAUUGGAUACGUUCGGGAACGAUUUUGAAACCGCCCGGCUGAGUGCGGCUCGCUUUGAGUGCACCGUGAAGAUGCGAAAGCCGAAAGAAGCUGGAAUCCACGAUCUUGAACCCAAUAGCUGCGGUUGCACUGUGGGAAUCUGUUCUUGCUGUCGCCAAUUCACGAUGCCACAGUUUCAUCAUAGGGUAUGCGCCAACAUGUCCUACAAUAAGCCGAGGCUGGCCCUCGAUCUGUCGCUCGGAUUUGAUCAAUAUUCCUAUACCUAUGAAAUUUCAGCCCGCAACCCGCCGCCCGUUUGCGCCGAAAUUCCGGGUACCCGCGAGAUCCUCUCGGCUUGUCUGAAGUUUGAGAACCUGAACGUCACGCGCUACCUGGUGAGCGGCUGCGUCGAGUUUGAGGCCGAGCUGAUUCAUAUGAGAAUGGUUCGCGAGAAGAUUGGUUGUUUCAAUAUACCAAUU